AACAACCACCCAACAAGGCGUUGUGGUACUAUGGGGAAAUACCGAACCGAACCGAGUAUAAAAACGGUUGUGGUUUAGUUUGUAGUCGAGGUAAAUGUUGGAAAUUCGCCGGAAAGUCGAUGCAAGUACAAACAAUAGCAAAUUUGAGUAUAAAUGUGGACGUUGACGUCGAGCCGUGCGUAAUGAGCAGAGUUGGAAAAAGAAGGUGUUGAGCUGCAUUUUUUCUCCCUCAGCCAGAGACAACUUGGGUCGGAGUACUGCUCAAAACUACGAGGUGUUACGAAGAGAAACAAUGCCCACGACGCUCUCCACUUUCUGCGUGUUGCUGUUUCCAGCCUAUUCUGAUUCCUGUAGCUUCCUGUAGCUCUCCUGGCAGACUCUGUAAUCAGUCCAAUGGCCUGAUUAACUGUUACACUGAUUGACCCGGCUGGCAAAAACACUGCAGAGGUUCUUCCCUUCCCAAGCGCUUUCAAUGAGUGGUGCCCAGAUGGAUGAGAGACAUCCCUGCAAUGAACAUGUGGAACAGUCGAUGCGGUCUGGGCUAUAUGGCCUAAAAAGUGCCUAUAGUUUCAGGUUAGGGGGUUCGCUGGAGACCACACACCUGCCGACCUUCCUAAGACCUCGCUUGAUCACGCACAGCAGGCUGGGCCCAAGGCUCUGAGGACGCUUCAGAGGAUCCACAACCUGACCCUCGGCAGAAGAUUGAGAGGAAUCCGUCGUCUGAGCAGAAUGACUCAGCAAGAGGGGGGACCCCCAAAUAGCAAGUGAAGAGAAGUGAGGAUGGGUGCCAAUGGAUCCAGCUACCCACACUCAUGCUCCCCACGCAUUGGGGGAAAUUCACAGGCACAGCAGACUUUUAUAGGGACAUCAUCCUACUCUCAGCAGGGAUAUGGCUGGGAGUCUAAGCUGUACAGCCUGGAGCACGGCCAUGAGCGACCCACAGACAGGAAGAAGAAGAGCCUUGGACUGGCGACCCUCAAGCGAAGAUUCAUCAAAAGAAGGAAGUCCAGCCGCUCAGCAGAUCAUGCGCGGCAGAUGCGGGAGCUUUUAUCUGGGUGGGACGUACGAGACACAAAUGCCCUUGUGGAGGAAUAUGAGGGCACAGCGGCCCUCAAGGAACUGAGCUUCCAGGCCAGCCUGGCACGUGCCGAGGCACCCAGCUUGGCACGGGAUCUGGCUGCGCUGUACCAGCACAAGUACUGUACAGAUGUGGACCUCAUCUUCCAAGGUACCUGCUUCCCAGCUCACCGGGCCAUCCUGGCAGCCCGCUGCCCCUUUUUCAAGACUCUUCUGUCCUCAUCACCUGGCUUUGGAGCUGAGGUUCUCAUGGACAUCGAGACAGCAGGUAUUGAUGUACCCAUGUUCUCUGCCCUACUUCACUACCUGUACACGGGGGAGUUUGGGGUAGGCGGCGCUGAGGAUAGCAGGCUACAAAAUGUGGAUGUACUGGUGCAGCUGAGUGAGGAGUUUGGUACACCCAACUCACUGGAGGCUGAUAUGAAGAGCUUGUUUGACUUCAUGUGUUAUUAUGACGCUCUGCUCAGCUUCUCCUCAGACUCUGAGAUGAUAGAGAGCUGUAAUGAGCGUGGAGCUGUGGCUGCAGCACCCACAGGGAGCUCCGGAGGCAGUGGAGUCCCAGGCACCCCAGACGAGGACCUCAGGGCUCAUAAAGCUAUCCUCUCAGCUCGUUCACCUUUCUUUAGGAACCUUUUGCAGAGGCGCAUCCGGACAGGAGAAGAAAUGACCGAGCGCACAUUGCAGACACCCACCCGCAUAGUUUUGGAUGAGUCUAUCAUCCCACGAAAAUAUGUGCAGGUUAUUCUCCACUGCAUGUACACAGAUGUGGUGGAGCUCGGGCUUGUCUUACGGGGAAGCCCAUCAGCAGGCAGUCUCGGUGAAGUCCAAGCCCUGGUGUCUGGGGGUCGUGGAGCUAGCACACGGACAGAGGAGGCCAUGGAACUCUACCACAUCGCUCUGUUCUUGGAGUUCAGCAUGUUGGCUCAAGGUUGUGAGGACAUAAUUGUGGAAAGUUUGUCUCUGGACUCACUCGUCCCCAUCCUGAAGUGGAGCUCCCAACCGUACGGCUCCAAGUGGGUCCAUAGGCAGGCCAUGCACUUCCUCUGCGAGGAGUUCAGUCAGGUUGUCACCUCAAAUGUUCUCUACGAGCUCAGCAAGGAGCACCUCCUCAGCGCAAUCCAGUCUGACUAUCUGCAGGCGAGCGAGCAGGACAUCCUCAAGUAUGUUGUUAAGUGGGGCGAGCAGCAGCUUAUUAAGAGGAUGGCAGACAGGGAGCCCAACCUGUUGAGUGGCACAGCCCACAGCGUAAACAAGAGGGGAGUGAAAAGGAGAGACCUGGAUGUGGAAGAAUUAAAAGAGAUCCUGUCUCCCCUCCUCCCCUUUAUCCGAACUGAGCACAUCUUACCUCCAAACAGUGACGUCCUCUCUGACGCGCUUAAAAGGGGUUUGAUAAGCACCCCACCCUCUGACAUGCUGCCCACAGCUGAGGGAGGAAAAGCUAAUGCCUGGUUACGGCAGAAGAAUGCUGGAAUCUACGUGCGUCCCCGUCUCUUCUCUCCUUACGUGGAGGAGGCUAAGUCUGUGCUUGAUGAAAUGAUGGUGGAGCAAACAGACCUGGUGCGCUUACGGUUAGUGCGUAUGUCAAACGUCCCAGACACACUCUACAUGGUGAACAACGCGGUGCCUCAGUGCUGUCACAUGAUCAGCCACCAGCAAAUGGCAAGCACUGUAAACACAGCUCCAUCAGUUGUAGCAAAUGAAAUUCCAGUGCCUCAGCUGCCCGUGGUGAAGGAAAUGAUUCGCAGACUGCAGGAACUGAGACACUCAGAGCAGGUCCAGAGAGCUUACGCCCUUAACUGUGGUGAAGGAGCCACUGUCAGCUAUGAGCUGCAGCUGCGGGUGCUGAGGGAGUUUGGUCUGGCAGACGGAGCCACAGAGCUCCUGCAGAACCCAUACAAGUUUUUCCCUGAUGAACGGUUUGGAGACGAGAGUCCAAUUCUGGCUCUGCGCCAGGUGGGUCGGUGUCGGGUAAACAGCAGCCCAGCCAUGGAUAGCAUGUUCACAGAGCUGGAAGGAGUAGCAGGCUUCCACCCUCCCCUCCCUCCCCCACCUCCCCCCUACCACCCCCCUGCCACACCCAGCCACGCUCAACUCAAGGGUGCAUGGCGACCUCGUGUGCCCAUGCCCACCCCCACCCGCUCCUUCUCCUACCCUUGCAACCGCACCUUGAUUCAGCGCCAUGCAGCCUCCAAGCAUGGCAGCUCAGACUACUCCUCUGUGCCCCGGCCUCAGCCCCCAGACUGCACCAACCCGCAGGCUAUGGGCCGAACUUUGCUUUCAGACAGGCAAGCGAUGACCAUGGAGCCUGUUAUGAGGGAGUUCAUGCCUGACAUUGCUCUUGGGGUCUCAGUCAUGUCCCUGAGGGAGCAGCACAUGGCAGAGAUGGACAGGGAAAGCCCUCACAGCCCAAUGGGCCCCUCAGGCCACCAUCUGCCCCAUGUGCCCUGCCCCUCUGCCCGCCACAGCCACGGCUCUGGACACAGCCACUCCUGCAAGAGACACGCACCCGAACCCAAGCUGGAGGCUCAGGCUGAGUUCCCCGACCUGUACGACUUCUCCUGUCGCCCCGCAACCCCAACCUCCUCUCACCCUAUGCCCUCCUUUACUGGACCAGACCUCUAUAGCCACAGCUGCACCCCCUCUAGUGCUUACCCACCCCCGUACAUGUCUGACUCUCAGUCCCAGGGACAUCAACAGGGAAGGACUGCUGCAGACCCACUACGUCUGGACGUCCUCAGUAUGACCUCUCAGAGGCAUGAUGGAGUUCUCACCAGCCCAUCUGGAGCCCAGCCUCGAAUGGGACUCAUCCCUAGGGGGCGAUCUAAUGAAACGGACCUAACUCAUGGUUUAGGCCACUUGCGGUCUCCCAGCGGGAACAUUGACAGCUAUGAGGAGAGGCACACAGGGCCGAGAGAUGCCCCAGAGGACAUGGUUGUAUCUGGAGAAUCAUCAGGCCUGCAGCAGGCUCACAGGAACAGUGUCAGUGAGGAGAUCACCAGAGACCGUCGGUCACCUAGCAAGCCUGACUACCCUUAUAAAAAAUCUGCACUUUAACCCCGGCUGAGGACCAGGGGUUGAGUUAAGAAAAGGGAAAGCAUGACGAGUGGCUGUCCAUUACAGUGGACUGCAAAGCACUAAAUGUGUGCCUGUGUAUAUGUGUGUUUGAGAGCAGCAGGGAAACAUGGUGGUCAAUGGUUGCUAUUUAUAGGUUCUGUCCUUUUGUCCUACCUCUAUCACACUGUGCUAUCCAUCACACAGUCAGGGUGAGGGAAGAGUGAGAGCUGUAGGUUAAUUGUUGAUGCCUGUAAUUGAUCUCUGCCAGGCUAGCAUUGUCCUGCUAGUUACAGAGGAUGAUUCAGGCUCUUCUGGGAUUGAUUGUUAGGUUUUGAAGAGUGGCGUUCACCCCAUGCUGUGUGAAUCUUGCAUGCCGAGGUCACAACACUAAAUGUAGCUCAGUUAUUAAAGAUUUCAUUCACAGGUUCUGUUGUCUCUUCAUUGUUCUCAGCAUAGAAUGGGGACAUGACAGGACAGGAAUCUCAAUUUACACUAGCUAACAAUGUCACCUAAACUGUAAAAUGGCGAGAUGUGAUAAAACAGUAUGUAAAUUCAUAUUUCCAUUUCUUUCGGUAGCAUGCCUAUAGCAAGCAACCAACUUGACUAGUUUCCCUCAUAUGUAUCUGCACUGCUGAUGAGUAAUGGGCCAAGUCUUGGUCACACAAAGCAGGAAUCGGAUCUGACGGGAAGUAGGUCAUCAGUGCUCGUCAUUCUCCUGUUACCCAGUCUGAUAAUUGUGUCAGGCAACAGCAUUUGAGAAUCUAGCUUAGAGGCAGAAGCCGUUUUCACAUAAAAGAGGGGAAACAGGAUGAUCCCGUGCAGGUUUGUUAUGGAGAUAGAGUGGAAAAUAUAGGGGUGCCAAGGCAACUGACACAUUGAUCAAGUGCCAGGCAAUCCUUGUUUUAUCAGCUGGAACAGGUGUGCGUGUGUGUCUGUGUGCAAGGAUAACUUCACAGGUGUUUAGACAAUCUCAGUACUGUACCCUACCAUCUUUAGUCAGGUCUGUUUGUACAUAUCAGCGAGUCUUUGGCACCAAGGGCAGCAGUCAGCAUGCUAAAGCUCCUUCUUCUUCUGUUUAAUCCAUAGCAUCAAGUAAUCAAAUCUAAAGCCUUAAUCAGCGCUUGUAAUAUUCAGUUCUAGCUAGCUUUUAAUCAAUUAAGUAUGAUGUCGUUAUACCGCAAUCCCCUCUUGAUUGCUUAUUUGAAUGUUCUGCUCACAAUGGACUCAUUCAUGGCAGUUUUUCUGUGGUAGAGGAUUUAGAAUGCUAAAAUCAUCUGUAUACAUCAGGCCUACAUCCUUCCAGUGUUGAUACUGUUUAGGUCAAAACUGCACCAACUGUAGCUCCAGAGUACACACAAAAAGCCUAUUUCAGCCAACAGUUGGCACACAACCUCACGAGUAUCAUUGCACUGUAGGAGCCAGCCGUUUAAAAGUUGAAGGGAAAAAAAAGAACAAAUAAGUUUUGAACAAAAGGAAAUCUUUAAUUGAAGAAAAGUUGGCGAUAGCUGGCUUGUAUCUCCAAUGGAAAUUGUAUAUAAUGAAUUGAGCUCCACAUGAAUUUAUGAAUUUUUAUUGGUUUCUAUCACAUUUUUUUGUGGAUGUUGAAGGUUUGUGUUUUUACUGUAGUGGACAACACUGUGUACUUGUCUUUGUCUUGAGGUUUCACUAAGAAUGUGUGGUAUAAAACGAUUGUGUCUGAAUCUUUUUGGUCCUAAGUGUUAUGAAUUAGGGCAGUUUGUUCAGUGUUGUAGGUGGUGUUGAGUACCAUGUUUAUAGAGAUGUCCCCUCCUCUUUUCUCUUUUACUUUGAUGUAGCAGGAAUAUGUAGAGGAUCUGAAGACACUAGCUCUCAUCUUAGCUGUGAUGAAGCUGCCAAGCAGAAAAAUCAUUUUUCCAUAGAGGUUGCUUCAUGGGGAAAAAAUGCAAAACUCCAGAUUCCUCCCCAUGUUCAUGUUGGUUAGUUGUUAUAUUUUCCAGGACAAUGUUCCAUUGAAUAAAAAGCCCUUGUUUUGCUCUUUGCUGUAGAGAAGUCAGUGCCUUCCCCCGCCUGCGGCUGGGCUUUUAUUGGAGAAGUGACUUUGAUGUCUAUGCAAGCUCUUUUCUACCAGCUUACCAGCCUGCAUCAAAAACUUCUUUGAAAUCUCAUGUAGCCCGUUUUGUGUACAUAGUGUUAUUUAGCACCUUUUUGAAAACUGAACCAUCUGAAAUGUGCGAUGGCUUGUGUUGAAUUUAACAGGUACAUUGUACUUGUAUGGUAUCAUUAAAAAACAGUUUGUAGAUUGAUAUUAAGUUGCAUUUAGUUUCACUGAAUCUAUUUUUCUACUGUCGCCUCAAAAGGUGCAUUAACAGUGGUAAACUUGGGCAUCCUCAAAAUAAACUGGUUUGAUAUAAUGGAAA